AUGGAAACACGGGUCCUAUAUUAUAUGUUCCACAGCCUACCUAAUGCUACGGCGAUGACGGUUAAUUCCAGUACAUUAUAUAUCCAUUUCAUUAAUCCAGCGUUGAGCUUUCAGGUCGUAGUUGAGCGCCUAGGCGGCGAGAUGGCUGGUCGGCCAGCUAUGAAGGCAAACAGAGGCGAGACAGAUAACAGGAGAUGGGCAAUACGAAGGAAGCUCCUUUUUUUCGCCAAAUUAAGGGAGUACUGUUUAUAUAGACCGCUACUUCAAAUUCCUAUAAAUAAAACGACGUCUACCGUCAUCGAGCAGCAGUUGAAAUACGAGAACUUCUAG